UGAACUGAAGUAUUUUUAAAAAUUUGUUUGUAUGUAUGGAAUGUUCGUAAGGAGGGGACUAUCUGUAUAUGUUUUGCCUUUACUUGCUGCUUGCUGCAAAAAUUGAUUUCUUGAAGGAAUCUAUAAUAUCUCGUACCAAUUGUUGCAGAUGCUGCCCAACACUCAUCAACGAGAUGGUCACAUGUGUGUCUCAGCUGAUCAUGUUGGCUCAUGCAGGUCGCAUCUCUCGCCUGCCGUCCUUGGAUACCAUUGAGGCCUGCAUGAAGCUAUGCCCACACAUCAUUCAGGGAUUGUGGGAAAGCAAGAACGCAUUGCUUCAGCUGCCCCAUGUCAGUGAUGAAACACUCAGGCACUUUGCAAGCAAACGCAGAUCUCUGAAUAGUCCAGAACAAUUGUUGGCAUGUCCUCCUGCUGAACGACAUCACAUUUUGCGCUCUUCUCUGAGGAGGAGGUCAAUGACAUUAUGACUGUGUCCAGAAAGAUGCCACAUAUUGAUAUGGAUGUGAACUAUGAAGUGGUCGAUGAUGAUGACAGUGGAGUGUUUACUGCUGGAGCUAUUGUUACCGUCACUGUGAACUUGCGGCGUCGAGCCUUAGAGGAACUUUAUGAAAACCAGCCGAUAAGCCUCGAUUAUCGACCUGAAGUUCCGGCAGCUGUUGAAGAGGAGCCAUCAACCAAAAAACCUGGCUGGAAGAGACCCCAGCUGAAGAAGGCUACGAAAGCAAAGCCCAAAGCUGUACAGCCGGCGAAGAAGAAGGUGCAGCCUGGGAAGAAAGAGGAAGCACCUCAGGAUGGGAAGAAAGAGAAAGCUUUGGCAACUGACAACCCUAUGGUGCAAGUUCCACGGGUGGAAGAUUUGGAGGAAAAACAGGCAGAAGAGAAAGAGGAAACUGAUGAUGAUGAAUCUGCAUCUCAUUCUGAUGAGUCAGUAGCUGAAGAGGCAGACACAGAGUCACAUAAGGAUGACAAGACUGCUGUUGACGACGAUGCGGAGUGGGAGAGGUUACAAAGAGGACUGACCAAACGGGAGAAAGCGCUGGAGGGGAAGUCCAAGAUGUCCCAUACGGUGCACUGCCCCUAUUUCCCGGAGGACAAGCAGGAAUAUUGGUGGACCUAUGUGUGUGAUCGCAAGAAGCACAUGCUCAUCACAGCCCCAUAUUUGAUCACAAAUCUUGUGGACCAUGAAGAGGUACAGCUCAAGUUUACGGCGCCCCAGAAGCCAGGUCUCUACACGUACCAGGUCUGCCUUCGGUCAGACUCGUACCUGGGCCUUGACCAAAACCACGACAUCAAGCUGGAUGUCAAGGAGGCUCGAGAAAUCCCAACAGAGCAUCCACAGUGGCAGGAGUGUUCCAGUGACGAGGAGGAUGAGGAGGAUGACGUAGGGAAAGAUGAAGGGGAGGAAUCAGAGUUCACUACUGAUGAGGAGCUCACGGAUGAGAGUGAUGAAGAGUGAUGGUUUCAGGGUAUGCAAAGGGAAGUUGCUGGUAGUAGACCACUUCCUCCCCUCUCUAUGAAUGUAUGUAUGUCUCUAAUCUCUCUCUCUCCUCUCUCUCUCUCUCUCUCUCUCUCUCUCU